AUAUGAACCAAGGAGGUCAAAGUAUCGACAGUCUCCGUCUUGAAUCACCUGGAUGAUACCAUUAAAUAUUUCAUUAUCCGUGGAGUUCGAAUUCAGACAAGUUGUAUUGAUCUCCAGCUCCCACGUUUGAUCGCUGACUGUCUCAUGUCUCCGCUGCUGCGAUCUCUCAAAUCGUACAGAUCCUUUCUCGCUGAAGUACAACCAGCCGUGUUCACAAGCAGCACAACUCGCAGCAUGUCAUCGACGGAUACUCCUCAAUGGCCGAUACAGGCGUAUGAGCCCCGCCAUCAGUCAUGGCCAUACACGGCUGCCGACUUUACGCGCCACGAUCCCUCCCCAGACAAGCGGUUUUACCGAGAGGCACGGCUGGUCACGCACAUUGACGAUGCAGCCAUUGCGACCCUGGGGCAGUACUACGAUGCGGUGCUGCCGCGCAAGGGGCGGCUGCUUGACUUUUGCUCGAGCUGGAUCAGCCACUACCCAGAGUCAAUCACAGAUGCAGCAGAGAAGGGCGACUUGCGCAUCAUAGGCUUGGGGAUGAACAAGGAGGAGCUCGCGGCCAAUCCGGUCCUGAAGGCUGACAGCACACUGACGACAGACCUGAAUGUCGACCCGGACAUCCACAAAGCCCUGUCCUGUGCCGGUCUGAUCAGCAAAGAGGACGACAGCGAGAAGUUGACGGCGGCAACAUGCGUUGUGAGCAUCGACUACCUGACAAACCCGCUUCAGGUACUGGAGAGCCUUAGAAGGGCGACCGCACCGGGAGGCAUGGUUCACCUCGUCAUCAGCAACCGGUGUUUCCCGACCAAGGUGGUGAGUCGGUGGCUGCGCAUCUCAGAGCAGGAGAGACUGCGGAUGGUCGGGGACCACCUGCAUUUCUCCGGCUGGAAGCAGAUCGAGAUUGUCGAAUUGAGCGACGGGAGUGUAGAGGACAAUGGCAGCAACAACAACAACGGGAACAAUUCUCAGGGCUUGGCGAGCCUGAUGAGGUUUGUGGGAGUGGGCAUGUCCCGAGAUCCAUUAUGGGUUGUGAGAGCCACCAAGCAGGACUGAUGGACGUCUGACAAGGUUUGAGCUCAAGAUGCAGACAGAAUGAAUGAUUCGAAAUUGAAACAUUUCUCCGGCC